AUGAAUCCUCUUCCCUAUCGUGCGGGUGUACAAAACCCGAACAGCCCUUAUGAGCUGCCUCCUGUACAGGCUGUGACGUCGGGCGCAUUCCCUCCGGCCCCGGGCGCAAUGCUUUCCGCCCCGCCCAGUAGACCUGACAGCGGGAUGCGAAUGGCCCAUCUACUACAACCCAUGCCACAGGUAUCGGGACAGCAGAUCAUGCCUCAAGGUCCACCACCUCAUCAACUAGGUCCGGCACCACGUCCAUCAACUUCACCUUAUUCUCGCUUCUAUGAUACGGCCUCGGGAUCUCCGGCAGAAAGCGGAGGGCUGCCCGACGCUAGCGAUAUGGGAUCGACUCAUCCGGGAAAUCCGAGUCUAUUCCAAACAAGCCCGAUCGGCCACUCAAGUCAUACACAAGCUCAAUUGCAACAAAAGAGAGCCUAUCGACAGCGCAGAAAGGAUCCGAGUUGCGAUGCCUGUCGCGAACGCAAAGUUAAAUGCGAUGCAUCGGAGUCUAGCAGCUGCACCGAGUGCAAUAACCGACGAGUUCGAUGUCAAUUUACUAAAGAGACCAAUCGGCGCAUGUCGUCUAUUAAGCAGGUCCAAGAUCUAGAGAAGCAGCUCUCAUUUGCUAGACAGCAAUUGCACCAAAUAAGAUCGGGAAGGAUGCGCCCCGAUAAUGUGAUGGAUGUUGACGAAUACGCGGCACAGCCAUUGGUUCAGCUUCCGGAGAUUGAGUACAAGCCAACACGACGACCGAAGAUUUCUCUAACGGAGGACCUCUCGGAUGCGCGUAGGAAUAUACGUCAGCAUGGCCGUGGUAUCUUGAAAGUUCCUACGCCCUAUCAAGAAACGGGCGCGAAAUCAGUCGUAAAUGGCGAAGUGCCACCACUUCCAUCAAAGGACAUCGGCGACCAUCUCGUGGCUCAGUAUUUCAAUUGCAUUCAUUCUAUCCUGCCAGUCCUCCAUUGGCCAACAUUCAUUGGAGAGUAUGAGCGCGUCUAUCGGGCAGGAUCCAUAUCUGGUGUCUCGAGUGAAUGGGCUGCGGUCUUGUUUGGUGUUUUUGCAUGUGGUGCAAUCCAUACAGUGGAGGCAAAUCGCGAGGAACAGGGCAAGGAAUUUGUUCGCAUCUCCUGUGGUAUAAUUGAUGUAUGGCAAGACAGCUUCAACCUGGACCGGGUACGAGCAGCCUUACUUGCCAGUAUGUUUCUCUAUGAGGUGAACUCGAAAUCGGCAUCCUGGGUUUGGAUUGGUUCUGCUGUACGUGUAGCACAAGAAAUCGGCUUGCAUAUUGAAUCUGGACCUUGGCCUGCACUAGAGGGCGAAAUGCGGAAGCGCCUGUGGUGGGGCCUGUAUACAUGGGAUAGAUUAAUUGCUCUCGAGAUGGGCAAACCAGUAUUGAUCAAUGAUCAAGAUUGUGACAUCGAUCUUCCUUGUCCAGUGGAAGACCAGUACAUCAUAGAAGGUGGCCGCAUCCCAGAAAGCCAACAAACCACACCCAUGCUAGCAACCAUCCACGUCGUUCGUUCCAUCGGUCAACUCACUCGCACUCUACGAUCAACCACAAUCAGCGAGGCAACACUCGAGACCUUCGAAAGACACUUCAAUACAUGUCUAGCAACAUUCCCUCCUCAUCUCCAUCCGAAAUCAGAACAAGAUCUCGACCCUCGGUCCCUAGCACCAAUAGUUUAUCUCCAGAAUGCCCGUCUCCUACUCCACCGCCACAACAUCACUCCCUACUGUCAAGACAUCAUUCGCUCAACUGCAAUGGACUACUGCGUCUUGACCGCAGCUGACACUGCCACCAUCCUCACCCGCUGCAUGUGCCCCAACCCCGGCCCCACAGAUUGGAGAACCCUGCUAGCCUCCUCCGCCGGAACCCUUCUAUGUACACAUAUCUGGCGCUGUACGCUCUUCCUUAUUUUCCGCCAAGAAUUCGCCUCGGCUCUAGUCUGCAUACAAGCAAGCGCCGCAGUCGGCGACGGUCGCGCCAUUAACGUCGCCUGCGCCCGGUACCUCGCCUUCUUCCUUCGGGCCCUUAUUGACCGCUUCCGGCAGGGCGACAUGGACUCCCUCGACCACGACGAGGAGAUGAUGGCCUAUGUCUCCGGAGACAUGCAGGGAACCAGCGACGGAAGCUGGGUUUGGCAAGGUAGCGAAACAGGAUCACGCCUGGAAGCCAUUACCACAACCCGAAAUUCGUCGGUACCCCCAGAACCAGAAGCAGGGGAGAGCCCUGAAGAUACAGAGAAGCUAUGGCCAUGGAUCGAGAGUACGGUCCAAGAACUCUUAGUCGAGAAGCAGCGACGAGAACAGGAGAUUCAAAUGCGGGAUUCGAUACAGGUACAGACACCACAGCAGGAAACUAAUUCUUCCAUGUUGAACCCUGAGUCUGCUGCUUCGGAAGAUGGUCGUUCAAGCUCAACCCAUUCCCGCAUGGAUAUUGCAAGCCUUAUUUGA